AUUCCUGCCAUAUCUUUCUCGAACGCAAUGAAAUGCUUUUCAAAAUAAAUUGUCAAUAAAUAUACAUUUUUUUCGUUGGGAAAGCGCUUCGAAAUUUGCAGCAUUUAAGUCGUUUGGUUAGUUAAAAAUUCGUAGUGCAAAAAAAUUUAAAAGCAUUUCCUAUGACAGAACUUGGCAUUAAUGGUUUUGGCCGCAUUGGCCGUUUAGUAUUGCGCGAGGCAAUACGUCGGAAGGCCCAGGUCGUGGCAAUCAAUGAACCUUUUAUCGACAUCAAACACAUGGCCUACAUGCUCAAGUACGAUUCAACACAUGGCCGUUUCAAAGGCAAAAUUGGCAUGGACGGUAAAAAAUUGCAGAUUAAUGAUCAAAGUAUCCAAGUUAUGGCUGAAAUGGAUCCCUCCAAAAUCAAGUGGGGCGAUGCGGGCGUCAAAUAUGUGCUUGAAUGCACUGGAAAAUUUAAUUCGACGGAGAAAGCAAGUGCACAUUUAAAAGGUGGCGCCAAGAAGGUGAUAGUUUCAGCACCCGUUGAUGAUGCGCCCAUGUUUGUUGUGGGCGUCAAUUUGGAUUGUUACAAACCCGAUAUGAAAGUUAUUUCGAACGCAUCCUGUACGACAAAUUGCUUGGCACCUUUGGCUAAAGUUAUACAUGAUAAUUUUGAGAUAUGCAGCGGUCUGAUGACCACUGUACAUGCGGUAACUUCGUCGCAGAAAUGUGUUGACGCACCGUCGAAGAAGUGGCGUAGCGGUCGUGGUGCACUGCAAAACAUUAUACCUGCAUCUACAGGUGCUGCUAAAGCUGUGGGUAAAGUGAUACCCGCCUUGAAUGGCAAAUUGACGGGUAUGGCAUUUCGUGUGCCAACUCCAGAUGUUUCAGUGGUCGAUCUAACGGUCAGCUUAGGCAAUCCAACUUCGCUUGAUUGUAUCAAAGAGAAAAUUAAAGCUGCUGCUGAAAAAGGACCGAUGAAGGGCGUACUAGGCUAUACAGAAGAUGAGAUUGUUUCCUCUGACCUUACCACCGACACGCGCUCCUCCGUUUUCGAUGCGAAGGCUAGCAUAGCAUUGACAGAAAAAUUUUACAAGUUGAUCUCUUGGUAUGACAAUGAGUAUGCCUAUUCAUCGCGCAUGAUUUGCUUGGUGAAGCAUGUGCAAAAGGCGGACAAGAAGGCAGAAGAAAAGAAAGGAGAUAAAGGAGGAAAAAAAUGCUAAGAAAAAAUAAAAUGAAAAUAUAAACAUAAAAGCGCUUAUAACUAGGCAAUAUUUUAAAAUUUUGGUGAACAUUUUGUAGAUAUUUGGUAUUCUCUGAGAAAUAAUAAAUUUUUUUUUAACCAGUGAAAGAAAAAAAAGCUGGCUAUGUAACUACUUUAGCGACGUUGUAAAUAAUUGCAUUUUCAUUCAAA